GGUGCGCAUAACGCAUAGGGCGCACCAUUGGAUGCUUCCCAACUUAAAUACUAAUAACUGUUACUUUCAGACAACUAUAAUAAUUAUAAUAAUUAUCAAAAUUACAAUAUUAAAUAACCAUAUUAUAUAUUUUUGGUUCCAUUUUUAUUUUAUUCAGUUUUAUAUUCAAUCAUUUUAUUUAUAUAUACAUAUUAACAUAAUUUUUUAACUGCUGCGUAUAGUUGUAGUUCUACUUCUAGUUUAAAUAAUCUCUCCACAGUAUAAUUAUUUUUUAUUUUUAUUUUUAUUUUUGGUGCUCCGAUUUUUGGAGGAAUCUCUGCCGUCGGCUGCCGGAAUAUUCUGCUGAGCAAGCAGCGACUUUUUUUUUGUAUGGCCACUGGAUCUUCACUUGGCAUAUGCGGCUUGUAACUUUUAGUUGUUGUUGAGGAUUUGGGCUUGCGUUUUGUAGUUGGAACUUGAGAUGGGAUCCAACGUGGAGGAAGCCAUUAGAGCUAAAACAUUUGCUGAGAAGCAAUUUUUGGAGAAAAACUUUGUCGGAGCGCAGAAGUAUGCUUUGAGAGCUCAGACGCUGUGUAAGGAACUGGAUGGAAUAUCUCAGAUGGUGGCCACAUUUGGAGUCUACAUGGCUUCUGAGACGACGGCUAAUGGAGAACUGGAUUUCUAUUCAAUUCUUGGAGUGGACCCAUCUGUGGAGAAAUCCAAAUUGAAGAAGCAGUAUAAGAAAAUGGCAGUAAUGCUACACCCUGAUAAGAACAAAACUGUUGGUGCUGAUGGGGCAUUCCGGCUAGUUUCCGAAGCAUGGACACUCUUAUCUGAUAGUGCUAAAAGAAGUGCUUACGAUCAACGGCGAAGUUUGUUUGCUGGGUACAGUGAUCCUUCCAAGUUUUCUGCUCAUGGAAGACUUGACACAUUUUGGACUGUCUGCACCUCCUGUCAUGUCCAGUAUGAGUAUCUCAGGAAAUAUGUUAACAAACGACUUUCUUGCAAGAACUGUCGUGGUGUCUUUGUUGCCGUUGAAACUGGGUUGGCCCCGCCAAAUGGUACUUUCCAAUAUAACUAUUCUUAUGUGCCUGAGAAUGGUUAUGGUCAUGGAAGCCAUGGUCGUGGGGUUGCAUAUACGCACACAACAACUGGUUAUGGUGCACCAAAUGUGGUGUCGGGACAUCAUGCUGGAUAUAGAUCUGAGUAUGCUUCUAAUAUAUCAUUUCAGGGUAGCUCAUCUGGAAACUCUGUCGGCCUCUCAGACCCUAGUGGACUAUCUCCGUCUUCUUUUAUCUUUUAUCAAGCCAAUGGGGAGGCAAGCCAGACAAAAGCUAACGGCAAGCAUCAGUCGGUGAAGGCUACAGGUCAUGCGGGCACUAAUGGGUGUACAGGUCAGUACGAAUCAUUAAAACCCAAACGGGGGAGACCUGCCAAGAAGAGAAAAGUGGAAUUAGGAAUCCCGUAUCCCAACGGGCAUGACGACGUUUAUGCAAAUGUUCCUGUAGAACCUAAAACAGCCACUGCAAAUGGAAUAUUGAAGCCUGCUGCUAAGCUUCCACCCGCACCAGAAGCUUUGACAAGACGGAGUUCAGCUGCUCCUGCGAUUGAUGGGAGGCAGUUGUUAAUUGAUAAGGCAAGAACAGAAAUUCGUAGGAAGCUUAAAGAGAUGAAAUUGGCUGCUGAAGCAGCUGUUGUAGAGGCUGAGAAGAGAAAGGCGCUUGCCGAAGCUGAUAAAUCCCAUGCAGCUGCUGCUAAUAGACAAUUGGAACUUAAGAGGACUGUUUCUAUAACAGUCCCGGAUUCCGACUUCCACGAUUUUGACCAGGAUAGGUCUGAAGAAUGCUUUAAGCCGAAGCAGAUAUGGGCCCUCUAUGAUGAAGAAGACGGCAUGCCUCGCUUGUAUUGUAUAAUCCGCGAGAUCAUCUCGCUGAAGCCAUUCAAGAUUUACAUAAGCUACUUGAGCUCAAAAUCCGACACUGAAUUUGGGAGCGUAAAUUGGUUGGAUUCUGGGUUUACCAAAUCCUGUGGGAGUUUUCGAGUGUUCCACUCCGAAACAGUUGAGCAAGUCAACAUAUUCUCUCAUCUUCUUGCUAGGGAGAAGGCUGGUAGGGGAGGCUGUGUAAGAAUAUAUCCAAGAAGUGGAGAUAUCUGGGCUGUAUACCGGAACUGGUCACCGGAUUGGAACAGAACCACCCCGGAUGAGGUAAGACACCAGUACGAAAUGGUCGAGGUUCUUGAUGAUUAUUCUGAAGAUAACGGUGUCUGUGUAGCGCCUCUGGUUAAGCUGGACGGGUAUAAGACAGUGUACCGAAGGAACACAGACAAGGCUGCCAUCCGAUGGGUUCCACGAAGAGAGAUGCUACGGUUCUCACACCAGGUCCCGUCUUGCUCCCUCAAAGUUGAAGGCGCUAACUUGCCCGAGGGUUGCUGGGAUCUCGACCCCGCUGCAACCCCAGAAGAACUCCUUCAAGGAGAGACUGAACUUCACCACAAGACAAGUCCGGGCCAGACAGCAAACAUUUCUGAGAUCCAAGAAGAAGAGCAAAGUAAAAUUUGUGUUCCAACUCCAGACAACUACGGGACACAGGUUGCAGGCGUGGAAUGCAGAAUCGAAGAGGCUCUAGCCGGACCCCCGUGUGUCGGAACAGGUGCAAGGAGUUGACAAGAGUUGAGGUAAUCUAAAAAGCUACGUUUUUACAUAUUUGAAGUGCAUCCUCACAGCUGAAAUACAGGCUUGACAAACACGAAAGUAGAAAUUGAACUUGCACGGGUUCGUUUCGUUGCAGGGAGAGACACAAAUGUACAGAAUUAAACACAGCCUAGAUUGAUCCUACUUUCCUCAAAAAGGUUAGAUAGUUGGAGGAUUAGAAGCAAUCCUUGCCUGCUCCUAUUGUCAUUUUGGGAGCUUCAUAUCCAUUCAGUAAUUUGUAACCUUAAUUUUAGAACUGUAUGACUCUUGCUUCUAUAGAAAUGCUUUUUAUUUGACUCUGUUAA